UUGGUGUCGGCAGAGUCUUCGCGGGCCCAACAAUCAGCACUCACCACUGGUGGAGUACGCCGCAUGCGUUGGACAAUCCAAAUGUACAGCAAAACAUUGCGGGCGCAUUUUAGGGCGAAAGGGGAAGAAUUAGAGGUUUUGCCGAUCGGACUAGGAUGCAUCGACUUUUUGCUGACCUGGCCAUCUAUAAUCAUCACCGAGCAAAACCUGGCAGACCUAAUUCGGUAUAUCUUGCGCUCAAAUAUAUUUGAUGUCGCCGAAAUCGAACGGCUACGACGUGAGGCUGUACCCUCAUCGGAUGAAAAUGCUACGGCUAAGGAUGCGGCGCCACAACUUGCGGAACAACCCGCAAACGUGGAAGCCGCCGUGAAUACCCCAGUUGUGGUUGAUUCAAACUAUUAUGAAACAGACGCCCAGGAACUGAAAUUAGAGCAAAUGAGGAGUACAUUAGAAGAGGUGAUUGUGGAAAUGCGCAGUACGCCUCUCGAAAGUCGACCGCGACUUCCCCGCAUAGCCCUAAGCAAGCAGAAUCGGGCUGUCGUGAGGGCUCUGAACCCAAUGCUGGUGAUCUAUUUGAAAGUCAGCCGGGACCUUUGCGAGACGGACUCUUUUUGGCGAUGCACUGGCAGUCUGCCGUAUUAUAAGCGCCAAGCUUUCCACGGCUGGACGCGCUGCUGA